CGCCGCCUCUUAAAGGGAGGUAGACAGCCCUUAAAGGCCCCUUAGCGCGGCGCACGGCGGAGCGCGGCGGCCCCGUCCCGGCAGGGGCCCGCGGAGCUGGGCCGAGCCCCCGCGGCGCCCAGCGUGGUCCGGGCCCUCCCGCCCUCCGCGCCGCCGGGAGCGGCAUUUUUAUUCAGGCGACGCUUAAGGGAGCCCGGCGCGCCCGGUGCAUUGUGGGAGCGGCGGCGGCCCGUUUUCGGGAGGAGGCGGAGGGCGCAAAGCGAACCGGUUGAUUUGUAAAGAAACCAGCAGACUAGGAGAGGAAGGAGAGGAGCCCAGCUGUGAGGUGUGUACACCCAAGAACCAUGUCUACGCGGGAGUCCUUUAACCCGGAAAGUUAUGAAUUGGACAAGAGCUUCCGGCUAACCAGAUUCACUGAACUGAAGGGUACUGGCUGCAAAGUGCCCCAAGAUGUCCUGCAGAAAUUGCUGGAAUCCUUACAAGAGAACCACUUCCAAGAAGAUGAGCAGUUCCUGGGAGCAGUUAUGCCAAGGCUUGGUAUUGGAAUGGAUACUUGUGUCAUUCCUUUGAGGCAUGGCGGUCUUUCCUUGGUGCAAACGACAGAUUACAUUUAUCCUAUCGUUGAUGACCCUUACAUGAUGGGCAGGAUAGCGUGUGCCAAUGUCCUCAGUGACCUCUAUGCAAUGGGGGUCACAGAAUGUGACAAUAUGCUGAUGCUCCUUGGAAUCAGUAAUAAAAUGACUGACAGGGAAAGGGAUAAAGUGAUGCCCCUAAUUAUACAGGGUUUUAAAGAUGCAGCAGAGGAGGCAGGAACGUCUGUAACGGGCGGCCAAACAGUGUUAAACCCCUGGAUUGUUCUGGGAGGAGUGGCUACAACUGUCUGCCAGCCCAAUGAAUUUAUCAUGCCAGAUAAUGCGGUGCCUGGGGAUGUGCUCGUUCUGACCAAGCCCCUGGGGACACAAGUGGCUGUCGCAGUGCACCAGUGGCUGGAUAUUCCUGAAAAAUGGAAUAAAAUUAAACUAGUGGUCACCCAAGAAGAUGUGGAGUUGGCAUACCAGGAGGCGAUGAUGAAUAUGGCAAGACUCAACAGAACAGCUGCAGGACUCAUGCACACGUUCAAUGCUCAUGCUGCCACUGACAUCACGGGCUUUGGAAUCCUGGGCCAUGCGCAGAACCUGGCCAAGCAACAGAGGAACGAGGUGUCCUUUGUGAUUCACAACCUCCCUGUCCUGGCCAAGAUGGCUGCUGUGAGCAAGGCCUGUGGAAACAUGUUUGGCCUCAUGCAUGGGACCUGCCCGGAGACAUCAGGAGGCCUUCUAAUCUGUUUACCACGUGAGCAAGCAGCUCGGUUCUGUGCAGAAAUAAAGUCCCCCAAAUAUGGUGAAGGUCACCAGGCAUGGAUUAUUGGGAUCGUAGAGAAGGGCAACCGUACAGCCAGAAUCAUAGACAAACCCCGGAUCAUCGAAGUCGCACCACAGGUGGCUACACAAAAUGUGAAUCCCACACCUGGUGCCACCUCUUAAUCUAGACCGAAAUAGCUAUUUGGUUUUGUUUUUAAAUAGCUCUAUUUCCUUUAUCAUCAUUUCAAUUAAAGACUAUAAACAACAAAAAUCUCAUUGUGUCUACACAUUGGUGACCUGAGGUCGAUUUGUGAAUGAUGCAAUUAAUAAAAUAAAAUCCAUUGCCUUUUUUUUCCUGUUACAUUAACUGAAGAUGCACCUAAUCUUGAGGCAGCUUCUGAGUUGAGAAUUAUAUUGUUAUCCAAUACUGUUGAUUCAUUUUGAAUCUUUAGACACUUAUCUCUUGCCGCAUAGGCUCUUCUUAAAGGUGCUUUCACAUAGCACAGACAUUACCAGUUGUAGUGUCAAAUUGCAGUUUGUGUCUUUCACUUCAUGUAUAUUUAUCAUCAGUCUGAUCUUUUCUAAGUGUCUCAAAUGGUAUUCUGGACAGACGGAAUUGGUAAGUGGCAAAUGGUAUCUCAUUAGGAAGAGGGUUGCAUGAUUCCUUUGAGUCUUUGAUUUGUAAAGCCUAGUCUUCUAAUUCAGGAGCAUCUCUGACCCAGGAUGUUUUCCAAUAGUGCAUUUAGUUAAACAAGGCAAGUGCUUAACUCUGCAUGGAAAGCAUUUGGAAGACAAAAAAUAUUUUUUCUUUUUCUUUUUUUUUUUGUAGCCUUCCUAAUAUUUACAGGAAUAUCAUUAACUGUUUACCAAUAGCGAAAACAGGAUACUUUUUGCAAUGUAAUUAGAUGUUCUAUAGUGCAACAAGGAAUUGCCUUCUAAAAGGGGGUUCAUGUAUAAUACUCAUACAAUUCAAUAUAUAAUUACACAAAUAAUUUUUAAAUAGAAUCAAUAAUAAAGACUGUUCUGUGGAUGGUAGUGCUUAAUACAUUUUAUAUUUUGUAUAGUGAUUUCAGGCCUUUUGUUUCCUUAAAAUCAGCAGCUACUUAGUCUGCUUCUGAGCAUUAUUUUGUCCUUUGUGCCAGUACAUUUUUGUGCACGCUUUUUGUGAUAUGUUAAAAAUCUGCAUUGCCAACAUUGCAGCUUGAACUCAAACUUGUUAUUCAAAUAUUUAAUUUUUUUUAUUGCUCUUGUAUAAUCAGAUGCCCCUUUUAGUAUUAUUUUAGAAGCAUUGGGAGGGUUUUGGCUAAAGUACAAUUUAUUGGGGGGAAACUAGAUUUUAGUUUUAUAAAACUUUUAAGUCUUUCAUGGGACCUAUAUUUUCUUGAAUUAAAUUUUGUAGUUCUAGAAAAAAUAGGCAAUCUGAAAUGGUGUUUAUCUGUGUUACUUAGAAGCAGAGGCCUCCUUAUAUUGUAACCUACUAAGUGAUUUGGAGGGAUUCCUGUCAUUAAGCACAAGUGCACUGACCCCUCAAGUGUCCACGUAAGAAAAAGCACCACAUCACUGCAAGCUUUCGAAUGCUUCCCGCUUACAGGCAACAAAGCUGUGUGAACCAAUCAACUUCUUGCCAAAGGAGACCGCCACUGAGGAGAGAAAGCCCCUGGAAGAGGCUUUACCGUGGACACUCCCCUCCCCCCUUCGGCACCCCAAGGGCAGCCUGUCUGGCAUGUG